AUGUCAUCAGAUUCAAACGCAAAGCCAUUGCCCUUUAUAUAUCAGUUUAUAUCAGGUGCCGUUGCUGGUAUUUCUGAGUUAACCGUUAUGUAUCCGCUUGACGUCGUCAAGACAAGAUUCCAACUGGAGGUGACGACGCCUGCAGCUGCUGCGGCAGGCAAGCAAGUAGAGAAAUAUAAUGGUGUCAUUGAUUGUUUGAAAAAAAUUGUGAAGAAGGAGGGGUUUAGUAGACUUUACAGAGGGAUCAGUUCGCCAAUGUUGAUGGAAGCACCAAAGAGAGCCACCAAGUUUGCAUGUAACGAUCAAUAUCAAAAAAUUUUCAAAAACCUAUUCCACACGAAUGAAACUACACAGAAGAUUUCCAUCGCGGCUGGUGCAUCUGCUGGUAUGACAGAAGCUGCAGUUAUUGUUCCAUUUGAAUUAAUCAAGAUCAGAAUGCAAGACGUCAAGUCCAGCUAUCUUGGACCAAUGGAUUGUUUGAAAAAAACAAUCAAAAACGAAGGUAUUCUUGGAUUAUACAAGGGUAUCGAAUCCACCAUGUGGAGAAACGCUCUUUGGAAUGGUGGCUACUUUGGUGUUAUCUUUCAAGUGAGAAACUCCAUGCCCGUAGCAAAGACAAAGGGACAAAAGACCAGAAAUGAUCUUAUUGCCGGAGCCAUCGGUGGUACUGUCGGUACCAUGCUUAAUACUCCGUUUGACGUGGUAAAAUCCAGAAUUCAAAGUGUGGACGCGGUCAGCAGUGCUGUAAAGAAAUACAACUGGUCUUUACCUUCGUUAUUGGUCAUAUACCGUGAAGAAGGGUUCAAAGCAUUGUACAAAGGUUUCGUCCCAAAAGUAUGUAGACUGGCACCUGGCGGUUCAUUGAUGUUGGUCGUUUUCACCGGUAUGAUGAACUUUUUCAGAGAUCUGAAGUACGGACACUGA